AUGCGGAUCAUGUCUGAUGCAUCAUCCGCGGACGAUGCGCCUCUCAACACGCAUCGUCUGCGAUUCGUACGGGCUCUCCGACAUGGAGCCGUCCCCCACCCGCGGUCGCGCCUCCGCCGCUGCUGCCUCAACCUCUGCCCCCAAGGAGAAGAAGAAGAGGAACAGACACAGAGCCUACGAGUUGCCCCAUGGAGGACGAACUACAUCCUCGAAGAAAGCGUUCUUUUGACAAAGUGUUGGGUUGAUAUUUCAGAAGAUCCGGUGUUUGCCAACAACCAAAGGCAAAUCACGUACUGGGAGCGCAUCGAUGUUCGCUACAACGAAGUCAAGCCGGCGGCCUCGUACAAGCGCCACAGGGAGCAGCUGCGCAAGCAUUGUGAUCAAAUCAAGAACCAGGUCAAUUUAUUCUCGGUGGAGUAUACGAAGUGCUUGAGGGAGCAGGGUAGCGGCAAGAAUUUGAACGAUAUGUGCGAUAAAGCGCUCACGUCGUACAUUUCACUGUACGACGAGUUCAAGCACUACUCCUCCUGGCUCAUCGUGAAGGAGAAGCAGAAGUUCCAAGGAAGGAUUAUGCACAUUUCGUCUGCGAGGAAGAGGACGAAGAACACAGCUACCGGUGAUUAUACGAGCAACUACAACGGUGCAAUUCCGAUGGACCUCAACCAACCGAUGCUUUUUAUGGAGGUGGAAUGGAAUGAAGCCAAGAAUACAGGCAUGUGA